CGCAAAGCAACUCGAAAUCUCUGUUUGAAAUGCCACUGGGCAGACUGCUCAGUAGAGACGGUCAAACGAGAUCAUAUCACUAGCCAUUUGAGGGUACACAUUCCGCUAAAACCUCACCACUGCAUGUACUGUAACAAAACCUUCAAACGGCCACAGGAUUUGAAGAAGCAUGAAAAAACUCAUACGGAGGAAGAAAUACAACAAGCUUUGGCGACACAGCACUAUCUUCAGCCAUCGCCUACCGGUUUACAGCCAUUAACUCCACCCCGCUACCCACAGUCUGACAAGUCUCUGACUCCUAACCAUAUUAAUCAGCAUUCACCAUCGGGCUAUCCAAUAUCACCACCUCAAAGUACUUAUUCUGAAGGUAUGCCGAUAAAGAAAUAGGCUCAUGCUUGACCAGAAUAAUGUGUUAACGACUUCUUCCUCAGAAUUGUUAGAUUCUUUUAGUGUUCAGCCUAACACAUCUCCUUAUACCGAUAUUACCGAUCAGUUUACUAGUGGCGAGAAUGCUCUGGAGUUUAGUGCGGAUGAUUUCAUUAAUUUGCACAAUGGCACUGUAGCGACUGGGGAGCCAACAUUAGCGAACUCUAACAAGCGAGGUCGUGGUAGUGCGGAUGCAUCUGAUGCUAUUAAUGAACUGUUCGCUGAUGUACUGCAGAACAAAAAGUUCAAGUCCAACGAUGGUUUAAAGCCGGAAUACAGUCCAGAUGUGGUCAAUCGGCUCAAUACACUGUCAACGUUCGUGGAUGGUCUUGACACGAAUGCUGUAAAUUUGAAUGUUCAAGACGGACAAGAUUUACUGUUAUUCAAUGAGUGGAUCGCUCAACUCUCAAGCAACAUUGGUCAAGGCGAUGAUGCUUUAGGUUUCCAGUUGAAUCAAUCACCUUUGUCGAAUACGGCCUAUCAAAGUACGCCUGUGAAUGCACUUGGAGACAGUACAUCACCUCUCGGUGAAGCCGCCUCAUACUCCGCCAUCUUCGCCAACCCUGCUGGCAUUAAUUACGAUGCCGCUAAUAACUCGCCAUACGAUAUUGAUCAAGACAUCAUGUCGACCUCUGCAGGAGCAUUGUAUCCAACAGCCGGUGAAUCUCAGUAUGUGCACUCAAAGCCAAGUGAUGACUACAAUAUGACAAUGAGCUAUCCAGGCAUGAAUUCAACUGUGGGCACUAUUGGCCAGAGACAACAUUACUCCAAUACCCCAUCAAUAGCUCCGACCUAUUUCAUGCCCAAUAUGAAUGUUUCGCUCAAUUAUGGACGUUCCAAUCAACCGGAAAAGCUUGACUACUCCACCUUGGCGCAUAAGCGUACACCACGUACUGAUAGUAGCUUACAAGUUAAGCCACAUGUAGAGGAGGACUCUUUGCCCAUCAAGGAGCAAGUGACUCACGAACGGAAGAAGAAUGUUCAGACAGUCUUGUCGCAAAUGGCGGGCCAAAGACAGAACUACAAACCACUUUCUCAUAGGUUCACUCAGUUCAUACAAUACAUUGCACCGGAUCAAAAUGCGGACAAGACAAAUGGUACUAGCCGAGAAAUAAGCCCCAGUCAGUCUGACGCAGCGUCCUACCCUGAUCAUGCAGUGGAAGAUGAAUCAGAUAGUAAUGUCGAUAUUUUGACCAGAAACAUGGAUAAUGUUCAUCUUGAAGAUGGGCAAGAGCAUGGAAAGAAUGGCCCAAGUGCAACCACAUCAUUGUACCCAACCUCACCUGUCGAGGUUACCGAAUCUUCUUCAGACAUAGAGACACGAAGAAAGCAUCUGCUUCUCUUACAACGGCUAUAUGAAGUUGUAUCAUCAAAGUAUAUUAAUGCGGAGCAUCAGCCAAGCGAUGUGGUGGUGUCCUCCCCGCCAACUGUACCUGCUCAAUAGUUUAAACAUAAUUUGGCCUUGUAUU